UACAGUCCAGUUGGUGUUGCCUGUGCUGGCUGCUGGCCCCACUCCUUGCUCCGUCCUGCUUGCCUCUGUCUUGCCUGCUUCCCUCCUGCUCGGGUCCCACCUGCCUGCAUCUGCAUCUUCUGCUCAUCUUGGAUCCAGGCUGCUCACCACCUGCUUCUCUCCGGCGGUUCUUCCCUGACUGCCUGAAGCUGACUACACCCGGUUCCCUUGCUGGUGGGGAUAACCUUUUUCCAAUUUCCUUUUGUAGCCUUUCCUUUUCCUUAUCUCUCCCUCUUCUUCUCCCCACCUCCCCCUCGCUUUUACUGUUACUUAUUUUUACAAUAAAGCUAAUGGUCUGUUUGAGACCUAACAUUUGGAGUUUUGUGCCUUAAUCUCGCCUUCGAAGUAAUCAUCUAAAAGAACCACGUUAUAGCCUUUAACCGGUCUGUCACAGGCGAGGGGCCAUUCCUGUUUGUUGCUUCUGUGCUGCUUUGCUCAUCCCCAUGGGGAUGCAGCCCAGAAGGGGAAGAUGAAAGGGAAAGGGAAAAAGGAAAGGGGAAAGGGAAAGUCCCCUGAGACUCCUUGAGUAGAUCCCAAAGGGGCCAGUGUGUGCUCUUCUGAGGGCCAGGGUGAGGAAAGAAGCUGAGAUGGAGGCUUGGGGCAGAUCCUCCUCUCCUCUCCUGGCCCUGCACACCCCUGUGCUGUGGAGGGCUGGGAUCCCUGGGGAGGCUCUCUGGGCUGGCACAGCCCUGGCACAGCCCUGGCCAAAGGGCACCUGCCUGCACUGCCCAUGGGAGAAGUGGCCCUAGCCGGGCUGGGCCUCGUAUUUAGGGGGUCUCCUCUGAAGAAGCCCAGAGCUGUAGCGGUCCCUCCCUCUCCAGACCCUUCCCCAGCUCAGUUCCCUUCUCUGGACACGCUUCAGCCCCUCAAUGUCUGUCCUGUAGUGACAGGGGUAACUGUAUGUGUUCAGUAGACACAGGUUGAUGCUGUAGCUUUCCUAGAAAACAUAAAACCUCUCCUAGAUUUCACUCUAUUUUGUUGGGGUUUUCCGCCAGGUGAGGCAUCACAAUUAUCUGGGCACCCUGUCAUGCAAUCCAUAAAUAGGAGGCAGCACCAGACCAUGAGAUCCCCACCCUGUUUGCCUGCUGAUAUGUUUCAAAAGGCGUUUGCUCAGUAAACACCUGCUCCACCCAGUUUCCCUCGAUCAAUACGGCCUUUCUGUCCAGGCUUCAUCUGAAAACCACUUCCACUAUUUUGUUGUGGGCACCAGCCACUGCCUGAGGCAGAGCCAGGGCUGGACCCAGCACUUACACACUCCUCCAGCUCAGAUGCAGCAGCACAGGGCUCCCACUGGCCCUGGAGAAUCCUAAAAACAUCUUUGGCCAUUCCCAGGUCAAACACAGCUUCCUGAGCUCCAGCAGCCUCCUUGCCCACUCUGCUCAGCAGUGAUGAGGUCACACUGCUGCUGCUGGGUCCAGCUCAGGGCUCACCAGCACAAGAGAGUUCAACUGACUGAAGCCAGUUCAAUGCAAGGCCACAAAGGCAAUGAAGGUCUGGAGCAUCCUUUGUACAAGUAGCAGCUGUGAGAGCUUUUGAGUUGUUUAUCCUGGGGAAAAAUAGUCUCAGGAGGACUUCAUAGAUGUGUAUAAACAUCUGAUGGGAGGGAAUGAAGGCAGGAAGUCAGGCUCUUCUCAGCAGUACCCUGUGACAGGACAGGAGUCAAUGGGAGCAAACUAAACCGCAUGAAAUUCACCCACAGAAGCACAGACUGGGUCAGGCUGGAAGGGACCACAGGGGCUCAUCUGGUCCCACCUCCCUGCUCCAGGAGGGUCAUCCCAGAGCACAUGGCACACAGUUGUGUCCAGAUGGUUCUGGAAUAUCUCCAGUGAGGGAGACUCCACACCCUUUCUGGACAAUCUGUUCCAGUGAUCGGUCACUGCACAGGGAAGAAGUUCUUCCUCAUGUCCAGGUGGAACUCCCUGGACAUCAGUUUCUGCCCAUGGUCUCUUGUCCCACGGCUGGGCAGCCUCGAGCACAGCCUGGUGCAACCUCUGACCCUUCCCUACAGACACUGACAAACAUGGGUGAGGUCCCCUCUCAGUGUCUCUUCUCAAGGCUGAACAAGCCCAGCUCCCUCAGCCUUUCCUUGUAAGAGAUGCUCCAGCUCCUUCAUCAUCUUUGUCACCCUCCUCUGGACCCGCCCCAGGAGCUUCAUGUCUUUUUUGUACUGAGGAGCUCAGAACUGGACAAAAUUUAAUGACAAGGUGGGGGGGGUCCUUCCCAUCUCUGCUGAGGAGGGCCCAUGGCAUCUUGUGCUUGGGAUGCCCACUUUUGUUUCUUCUGCAGACAGACCAGCAAGUCCUCCCAGUAACAUGCAACCAGGUGUUUUGUUUGGAGAAAACAACAAGGAUAGUCUCAGGAUGGUUCAGAAGACCCUGGAUCCCACAAGGCUCUGAGGGAUCUGGUCUAAUGUCAAAGUUGCCCUAAAAUAUAGAGUUCUUUCAGUGCCCAAGUCCUGCAAGUCCUGCAGCCUUCAGAGGCUCCAAGACAAAGCCCAGGUUUGUGAGGCAUCACCCUAAUCUCUUGGAAGUCUUUGGCAAGCAAACAAAACCAAUCAAAAAGAAACAGCAAAGCCUGUUCCUCAGACAAGCAGGGAUGUGUUUGGUUGUUCAAAGGACUCUGAUAAGGUGACCAAGAUUAAAGAACAAAUAAAAGUACAAUUAGGGGCAAAGUCCCAACGCCAGCCAAAACUCAUACAGAGGAGCAACGGUGUCCUUCUCACCUAACCCUGAGCUCAUCCACCUGCUCUUCAGCCUUCCCACUCAAGAGUAGUUCUGCCUGGUGCUGGCACAGGCUCUGCCUUGUCCCCUCUGGGACAAGGUCCCCGUGACAGUGGGAUCCCACACAGCACAGCAGCCACAGCACUGGUCCUGCACUCGGCUCUCACCACGCCUUGCUACUGACUUCCCAGGUGGGUGCGUUUGCUCCCUGAGCAUCCUUCCAGAGAGAGCUGGUAUCGAUGGGCACAGCACCACAGAGCAGGCUGACUUCCAUGUCCCGGGAGAGCUGUUGAAAGCUGGUCAAAUGAGCAUGCCCAGCUCGCUCUGCAAAGUGUAAAAUUAACUAAAUAUCAAUUUAGGUGGGCGGUAAUGGAUGGCGGCAAUGGCGGCGGAAGGGGAGGCCCAUGGUGUGAUAGAUUUCAGAAUGACUUGGAAAGCAAACUUGCACAUUGCUGAUAACACAGCAGGCUGGAUACCCUGGGAGAGUCAUCUAGAAAUUAUCAUGGGUCGCUCCAUGAACAGGUCUGUCUGGAAAUGGGUCUGGAAAGCAAACAGAAAAGCUGCACAAAGGGUUUGCUGGCAGAGAGGGCACAGCUUGUCCCUCUCGUUUCUCUCCAUUGGGAGUUUGUGGGAAUGUCUACAGACCUAGGAAAUUGCUAUGUCCCAGACCCUGGUUUCCCCAGUCCAUCACUGCAUCUAGGGCUGACCUGCUGCUGGGGAGACAACAAACCUCUUGUCUUUCCAUCCCCCUUUGAGAUCCAGCAAGCUCCAAGCUGCUGGGGUACAAAUGACAUGGCCAAAGUGACCAUGAUGGCAGACAAUGACAAAGAGAAAUGCUUGCUUAAGAAAAACACAGUUAAAUAAAUAAAUAGAAUUAAAUACAGGGGAAAACAUGCUGAUGUGAUGUGAACAGGGACCUUGCAGUCAUACCCAGGGAGGAAUGGGACCCAGCCCCACAUCAGACAUGCCUUCCCUGACUCAUCCCAGUGGCAACAAUCCCCUUCCAGGUGCUCAAACUCUAGCUACCUGCAUGAGGCAAAGGGACAAGUCUCCAGCCAGGACGCUCUGGCCUCAGGCAUCUGGACUCCCACUGCAGAUGCAGCCAGUGCCACCCUGGUCCUGCCCUAUGGGAGGGCUCCUCAUCCCCUUGCACCAACCAGGAUUCCUUGGAGGCCUACCCUACUAUCAUGGCACUGCCAAGAGGUCUUCCAGUCCCCUCUAACAUGAGAUCAGUAGCAUUUUUACUCCCGGCCCUUCACAGGAUAAUUUCAACCCUGGAUAUGGCUUUUUUGGUAGCACAUUGGUUUUCCCCCUCCAGCUAAUGGCUUUGCCCAGAACUUAAGCAACAUUGGCUGCUUCUUUUAGAGGUUUUGUUGUUUUUGCAGAUGUCCUACUUUGGCUUCAAAAGCAAGAAGCUAUUUCCAGCAGGAACUCCAUCUCUGCUAAGGAAACCUCUGCGGGCCACGCCAGCCCCAGGAAAUCCCACGGGGUUGCCCCCAGCCUCUGUUGGCAAAGCCCUGCAGCAGUUUCCUCAUCUUCCCCAGGACCCCAGACUCUGCUCCCUACAAAGACACCUCCCUGAAUGCCUGUACCUUCCAGGCUGCAGCUGCCUCCCUCUUGCCAACACACACAAGGACAUUGGUGUGCUCAUCAGCCAAGGAAUUGUCCCAGGGAGCAGCAGUGGCCUUCCUCCUGCACCUCACUUCCGCAGCACUGUCCUGGCGUCCAAGCUCUCACAGGAGAACAGAGCUUUGCUGCUCCUGCCUGGAAGGUCCUGGCUGGCUCUCACCUUUCCAAGGAGAUGUGUUGUGCUGCCCGCCUGAAGGCGGCUGCUCGCACCUCGGGGCUCAGCAGGGAGUGUUGGUGAUGGCAAACAGAAUCUGCCUCCAGCAAGACCAAACAAAAACCCACACACAGCUUUCUGCUGGGUUGGUUUUAUGCUGGAGUGAUCCCAACCCAGCAGGAAAAGGAAUGAGGUGUGGAUAAAGGCAGGAAGGUGGCUGGUGGAUGUUCCAGCGGGGCUCAAGCCCCUGCAAACCCCAGUGCUUUCCCUUACACCACCCAUUGCUCUGGCAACUGGUCUAGCCUCUGGGUUGGAAAUCCAGCUCACAGGUCUCCUUUCCUCCUCCCCAUGUGUCACCUUCCCACAUGUUCCACUUCAUCUCAACCCCUGGUACAGGCUUGCAAAUGGAUGAGAGAUGGCUGCUUUCCAGGUGCAGCUUGUCCAACAAUCCAGAGGAAAACCCACUAGCAGCUCCUCUAGGCCAUGGACAGGCCAAGCAGGAAAGCCAUUACAUCAGAGUGGCAAGGUACUGGGCAUCUCGAGGCUGGCUGAGAUCUCCUUGCUCAUCAUCUGAAGCAGGGACAGGGGACAGGAAUGGACUGGAGUCUUUGGGGCUUCUCUUCUGCCUUCUGCUGAGAUCAGCAGUGAAUGUGCAGCCACCAGAGGAGGUGCCCAAUCCCUCCUACAGGGGCACCUUUUGCUCCUCAAGGGACACAGCUACAAAAGGUGCAGUUACCUGCCUGUAUCCUGACCCCUAUCCAGUCUCUGCAGGAGAGACAAGACCACUGGGUGUGAUCUCAGAGGAAUGACAUCCCCACUGAGGCCCUCAGACAACUGGCCACAGGUGGAGCCCCAUCCCAUCCAGGUUGCACUCCAAAACAGCCUCUCUGGGAUAGAGGUGCAGGGUAGCAGAAGGAUCCUGAGAGAGCUCUUGAGGUCCCUCAGAUGCGUCCUCUGGCACAGGAAGCACACAGGCAGAGGAGAGGUUGUGCUGUGCUUCCCAUCACUGCAUCCCUGCAGGAGCAGACAACUUUGCCUUUUGAGUUUCUCUUCCACAGACGCAUCAAGUCAUGCCCGAGAAAGAGGCUGCAAACAAGGAUACACAAAAUCCUGACUGGGAUUACAUGUGGAAACUGAACCUCCAUGAGGUCACCACGGAAAAAUAGGCUUGUCCCUAGGGAAACAAGUGAGCUGAGCAGCAGCCACUGAGCAAGAGGAAACAAUCAAAGAUGAGCAAGAUCAAGCCUGUCUGGGCACCCUCACACUGACGAGCCUCUGGAUGAUCCCAAACAUUCUAUUGCCCUGCAACCAUAGAAUGUUCCCCAAGGUCCUGCCUGGGGAAUGCUCACAGACCCUCGGUGACCUACCCCCCAUCACCAUGCCCCAAGCAGCCUUAUCCAGCUUGGAUUGCAUGGAGCAUGGUUGUGCAGAGGGAAGGAGUGGGAAAAGCACCAGCUCUCAGUCCCUGCAUCAGAGAGGGGUUUGAUCCCCACAAACGAGCUCACAUGUGGCUCUCAGGAGCCCCAGACUCCCAAAUAAGCUGCCAGCCUGUGCAGAGAGCCAGAGCACAGGAUGGGUGGAGAAUGAGAGAGCCCCACAGCAAACUUGUGGUUUUGAUGAGGUGGACAGGGAGCGGCAGCACCUGCCUGUGCCAGGGUAAGAGGAACAGCUGCCUCCCUGCCAGCCAGAGGGCAGGGAGGGAGCUGGGCCCUUUUGCCCCUCCAAAAAGCCAAAGUCUGGGCUGGAAGUGACUUAUCUGCCCAGCAUGUACUUCCUGAGUCCUGUCAAGGGAAAGCACAUGUGGCCAAGGUCCUCUCCUCUGGGGCCGGGAGGCAGGUGGGGUGACUGGUCCUGCAGAGGGGAUGUUGCACAACCUGAGCCACUGGCCCUGGUGGCCCAUGUCACAGCCACCCAUCUCCACCUCCCCAGGUGUCUGUGCCCAAACAGGAGAAACACGCAGUCCUGCUGCCUGGGUCCCUGGUCAUGCAAAGCCAUGGAUGAUGCUGUGCAGGACGCUGGGAUGAGUUUGAAAGGGAAGGAUGUGGAAGAGAAGCUACUGCAGAGAGAGGAGACCCUGGCCAAAGGACCGGCUGUGGACUUCCAUUGUGGAGAGCAGCUCCCAGUCCUCCUUUGAGUUGUCUCAAUUUGUCCACCAGCCAGCAAGAAGCAGACCCAGUGACCACUUUUUCACUGGUGCUGGAAGCCAGUUGGCUUUCUAGCAGGGCUGUCCUGUUGCUGAUCAUCCUGGUGCAGCACAGGGCUUGGGGACUUGGCUGGCUUAGAGGAAUAUGGGAGGCCAGUCUGAAGAUGGCACAUACAAGACAUCAGUGUGUUCAGUGGUGCCUGGAGCAGCGAGGGGAAGCACAGGAGGGAGCUGGGGAUUGCCGUAACCCCAGCCCAGUGUGGAUGGAGCCAGGCUGCAUUGGAGAGGACUCCAUGUCGUGGAGGUGUGACUCACCCUGCACAGACCUGAAGACUGUAUCAAUAAAAUAAAGAGCUAAACACUCGUGACUAUCUCUGUCAAGAAGAAAAAGUAGAACAUGAGAAGGGAAAAGAAGGGACAAGCACAAAGAGAGGAGCGGGGGGCAAAGCCCAACAGCCCUGGGUGAAAUCAAGGAGUGACACAGGGACACACACGUGGGUGGCGUGGCCCCACCAUCAUGCCCUGCUCAGCCUGCCCCCCCUCUGGCAGUGCCUUGCAGGGCUAAAGCUGCCACUCACCAGAGCAGAGCCUGGUCAAUCCCUGGGGCAGUGCUGGAGAGCAGGGCACCAGUGGGAAGGUCUCUGCUGUGGGAUCACCAUCCCAGCUGCCCCGCCAGGGAGGGGCCUCUGGCUGCAGGCACACAAGCCAGGCUCUGGGUGUUUGCUUUGCAUUCUCCCAGGCUGAUGAUAACCACCUGCUCCUCAGCCAAGGCUCCAGCUCACCAUGCUGAAAUUCAAGAGGUAUUUGAUCACGAAGCUGAGUGCAGUCUACAGGGUCCAGCCAGGUCGGCUCUGGAUCUCCUUCAGCCUCCUCAUCCUCCUCCUGGUCGCCCUUCAAGUCGUGGAGAAGCUGCAGCCUUCCAGGAACUGCCAGUGUGAAGUGGAGCGUGACCUGCAGCAGAGCACGGGCCAGGGGCUCAACUCUGGCCUCCAGACACCUGACCUGCUCUGGGAGGACAAUUCCCUGCAGUGGCAAAGGAAAGCUGUGCCAGACCCCACUUCGACUGAGGACCCGCAUGUCAGCUGGGAGACCUCACUGGAAAGCAGCCCAGGCAGCCAAGAGGAGCAUGGGACACGGCAGCCUGUGGAGAGCAGUGAGAAGGUGGAAGCUCAUCUAUUGCCCACGAGGCUGAAACCCCAGCUCCCUGUCCUGAGAAAAGCAGCCAGAGAAAGUCCUUCUCCAAGCCUUCCUGGCAGGAUUGCCGCAGUUUUGGCAGAAGCUGUCACCAGGAAGUUCAUUGUCUUUGCAAACAGACUGAGCACUAAGGAGAACAGGCAAACGUCACCAGCCAGAAUGACACAGGUGGAGGUACAGACCCAGUCUCAGCCUCAAGCCGUGGCUUCCCCCAGCCAUCAGAGGAGCAGUUCACUGACAGAUCCCGUCCCAAACUCAGCUCAAACCCUGCAGGCAGAGGACUCUUACGAAACACGCCCAGAGACAGGAUUUCUCCCAAACUGGACAGCAGCCUCUGUGGUCGAGGAGGUGACAAAUGGAGGAGGUCGGCAGGCCAGAGGAGUCGCCCCUCAAGGGAAGCCGUGUGAGCCCCAGACUGACAUUGUUUUCCUCAAGGUGCACAAGAGUGCCAGCAGCACCGUCAUGAACGUCCUCUUCCGCUUCGGCGAGACCCACAACCUCACCUUCGCCUUCCCCCUCGGAGGGGGCUUCCAGCUCUUCUACCCCCGACACUUCAUGGCGAGGUUCGUGCAGGGCUUCUCCCCCAGGAGCCCCCAGCGGUUCAACAUCCUCUGCCACCACAUGCGAUUCCUGCAGCCGGAGGUGCGGAAAGUGGUGCCCAGCUCUGCCACCUACUUCUCCAUCCUGAGGAACCCCGUGCAGCUCAUGGAGUCCUCCUUCACGUACUACAAGGGCGCGUCAGCUUUCUCCCGCGUGCGCAGCCUGGAGGAGUUCCUCAGCCAGCCACACCUCUACUACGACCCCGCCAAGGGCGACAGCAACUACGCCAAGAACCUCAUGACCUUCGAUUUUGGCUUCAACCCCAAUGCAGAGGUGUCUGCUGAGCGGGUGCAACUCAUGGUAAAGGCCAUCGAGGCGUCCUUCGACUUUGUCCUCAUCUCCGAGUACUUCGACGAGUCCAUGGUGCUCCUGAAGGAGAUGCUGUGCUGGGACCUGGACAGCGUCGUCUCCUUCCCACUCAACACCAGGGACAGCAGCACCAAGUCCUCCCUCUCGGACAGCAUGGUGGAGAAGAUAAAGGAGUGGAACAGGCUGGACUGGGAAAUCUACAUUCACUUCAACAGGACCUUCUGGGAAAGGAUCGACCGGGACAUCGGCCGGGAGCGCAUGGAGCAGGAAGUGAAGGCGCUCCGGGAGCGGCAGGCGGAGCUGGCAAGGACCUGCCUGCAGGGCACGGGCAGCGUGGCCCCGAAGGACAUCAAGGACUCUUCCCUGCGGCCACUGCAGCACGGCGGUGCCAGGAUCCUGGGCUAUAACAUCAAGCAGGGCUUGGACAAGGAGACGGAGCACAUGUGCCGGCGCCUGGUGACCCCGGAGCUGCAGUACAGCAGCGCUCUCUACAAGAAGCAGUUCCCCCCAGAGCCCCCCGAGACCCCCCAGCCCACUCCCUCUGGGCAAGGCAGUGCCCCACAGCACCGGCUGGAGGGCACCCAACACUGACCCUCCCUGCCCCUCCAGGCAUCUUCUCCAGCCGCCUUGGCUGAGGGCAGUGAGGCACUCAGAUCCUGGGCUAGGGGCUGCUCCUGCCCUGGAGAGGGGGUGGGCUGGGAGCUGCUGGCAGCCCCCAGUCACCUCUGUCUGUGCAAGACUGUGCACAAGCUCUGGGUGCUACACACUGCUGUGGAGCAGGAUGGGCUGCAAUGGGGGGUCCCAGGGGCUCAACAUGACUUUUCCAGAGGGAACUCUCCCCCCUCAGUCAGCAGCUGAAGCCUCGGCAGCAGGGAGCAGAUCCAGGAAGGCAGCCCCAGUCCCCACGCCAGAGACUGCAACAGUGCAGGGCCAAGCUGUAAAUCAGAGCCGUGGAGUUUGAUUUACAGCUUGGGAAUGAGUCUGUCUGUCUGUCCAGCUGCAGCUCUCCUCCGCUCCACCUUAACGCUACCGCGCUGGAAAAGCAGCCUCUUAAUUAAAAAUAACAAUAUCCACUGCCACUCCUUAAAUUCCCCUUAAUUACAUCAAUUUGCCCCAGUAGACAAUCUGCCUGGUAGACACUCUCCCCAGCAGCCCAAGAAACAGAUCCCUGGAGCUGAUGAUCUGGCACCAGGGUGUCAGACUGCAAGUUCCAUACCCAAGGGACUGGGGGAGGCCUCGUGAGCAUCUCUGCAGCCAGACAUCUCAAUCCACCACCCGGAGCAGCCAUAGGAACAUCCUACACCCUGCCUGGGGAAAGGGACCACAGGAACGGGUUGUGGUGGGCGAGUCAGCCUUACUUUUCACACCCUGCACUUAUCCACAAAUCAAAAGCAGAGCCAGCAAAUCAGCUGGGAUAAAUGGAGGCCCCACCUCUGGGUUUUCAGCUGAUUGCCAAACCAAAAGAGGUUCAGGAAAAAUUGUGCGGGGGGGAUCUGAGCAUCCUGGGCUCUCCCUGGGGCAGCCACGUCGAGCCUCAAAGGUUUAGGUUUACAGCCAAAGGUGUCCUGUUUCCUGCUCUGUUUAACCAGGAUAAAAGCCAGACUGUGCUCCCAGUGCCUCUUCCAGGGCAGUGCCAAGCAUCGGGCCGGGCACGAUGUGGGGGCAGCAUUUUGGGGGUGUUUGCUGCAUGGUUUUUGGGGUGUUGUUCAUUCCAUAAAGUUUAAUCUCUGGGGCACAUCCACACA